AUGUCCCAAUUCACAAAAUCUUUUCUUGUUACAGGCGGUACAGGCGGCUUAGGUCUUCAUGCCAGCAGAGAGAUUGCGCAGAGAUACCCUAAUGCCGCCGUCGUCAUCGCAUCUCGAAAGGACAAGGAUGGGGCUGCAGCAUUGAUCAAUGAGCAGCUUGGCCAAAGCAAUGUUCGGUUUAUGCCUUUGAACCUGGGAGACUUUAAGGACAUUCGGACAUUUGUGGAAACAUGGGCCGACCAAAACCUGCCUCCGAUCUCUGCUUUGCUACUGAACGCCGCGGUUCAGUUCGCUGAAGGAGGCCCUGUUUAUACCACAGAUGGCAUUGAAGCAACUUUUGGUAUUGGCCAUGUCGGUCAUGCUUUGCUGUUCCACCUUCUCCAGCCCUAUUUGGCUGAUGAGUGUCGUAUUGUUAUAACUGCAAGCGGCGUGCACGAUCCUGAACAAACAAAAGGCAUGCCGUUGCCGCAUUACACGACUGCUGAAGAAGUAGCUCAUCCAACUGGCGAUUUACCAAAGCAACCGGGCCGACAGCGAUACUCGACGACAAAGCUGUGCAACGUUCUCUGGACAUAUGCCCUCGGCAGACGACUUGAGCAAAUACCGCAUAAAAAGUGGACAGUUGUUGCGAUGGACCCUGGGCUGAUGCCCGGCACUGGCCUUGCUAGAGACGCGGGCCCUGUGUUACGAUUCCUCUGGCUAAAAGUCUUGCCACAUAUUAUACCUGUCCUUCGAGUACUGAUUUCCCCAAACGUUCACCUACCCAAGGACUCGGGAACAAAUUUAGCCUGGGUGGCUGUGGAUGAAUCUCAACGUACGACGUCUGCUGUCUAUUAUGAGGGUAAGAGACAGAUAAAAUCAAGCGUGGAUAGCUAUAAUGAGGCAUGGCAGGAAGACCUGUGGUCAUGGACGGUGAACGCCGUGGCUGCUGCCGAUGACGAGAGACGACACUUUGGUCUUGUUGGAGGCAGUUAG